CUCGCCGCCCGCCGACCCCGGCCCCGCCGCGCGCUCCCUCCGACGCAGUGCACACCGCCCAGAGGAGAAGAUGGAUUGGAGCACAUUGCAGACUAUUCUGGGGGGUGUCAAUAAACACUCCACCAGUAUUGGAAAAAUCUGGCUCACCGUCCUUUUCAUUUUCCGAAUCAUGAUCCUUGUUGUAGCUGCAAAGGAGGUGUGGGGAGAUGAGCAAGCUGAUUUUGUCUGCAACACUCUACAGCCAGGGUGCAAAAAUGUGUGCUAUGAUCACUAUUUCCCUGUCUCUCACAUCCGACUCUGGGCUCUUCAGCUGAUCUUCGUGUCCACACCAGCUCUCUUGGUGGCCAUGCAUGUUGCCUACCAGAGACACGAAAAGAAAAGGAAGUUCAUUAAGGGAGAGAUAAAGAGUGAAUUUAAAGAUAUUGAAGAGAUCAAAAGCCAGAAGGUCCGUAUCGAAGGGUCGCUGUGGUGGACCUACACCAGCAGCAUCUUCUUCCGAGUCAUCUUUGAAGCUGUCUUCAUGUAUGUCUUCUAUGUCAUGUAUGAUGGGUUCUCCAUGCAGCGUUUGGUGAAAUGUAACGCCUGGCCUUGUCCCAAUACAGUGGACUGCUUUGUUUCCAGGCCCACGGAAAAGACUGUCUUUACGGUUUUCAUGAUAGCAGUGUCUGGAAUUUGCAUCCUGCUAAAUGUCACUGAAUUGUGUUAUUUGCUAAUUAGAUAUUGUUCUGGAAAGUCAAAAAAACCCGUUUAACACAUUACCCCCUAUUAGAUAAAAGAUAACAUGAAAAGGAUGAGGCAAUCUGUGCUUAGCUGUCAAGGCACAGUCACCAGCAUUUCUUAUAAAGGUUCUUAUCUUAAAUGCAACCAUUUGAAACUCCUGUAGAUCUCACAUGAAACUCCACACGCCUCUGAUAAAGCUCUACUCUCCUAAAGCUUCAAAACAGAGGCUUAAAUCUAUGCCUGUACUGAUUUUUACUAAAAUUAGUUUCGAUGAAAUCCCCUGCUGCUAGGGGUUAUUUGUGUUAGGUACUUUCAUAUUUUAAACAAAGGAUAUCGGCAUUUGUUUCUCUUCCUUGGAGGAAAGGGGAGAAACACCAGGUCCCAAAGAAGACGCUGGGAAGGUCUGAUUGCUCCUCUUCGAGUUCCCUUUGCCAUUUCCCCAAAUUAAGGGUAAACAUAGAGAAUCUUUGUUCUUUUAUUUGCUUUGGAAGUUUUAGUCUCUGACGAUGGACAAGGUUACCUAAUGCUUCAAAUGCUGUUAUACUAGGUGAAAACUUUAAAAUAAGACAUGAGCUUUUGAUCUACAAGAUAUUCUGAAAACUGUUAUAUGUUCUUCCUAUUUCGAAGGCUCAGAUUGUGGUUUGUAAAUGGUGUGUAAUUAGGUACUAUCAUUUAAUUUAAAAUAUUUAGUUAUGCAUAAUUCGCAGUGCCACUGUGAGGCUGUCCACUAUACUAACUGUGGAAUGUAGUACAUGGAAAGAUUUCAGCCUCUCUCAAGGGGAACAAACUAGAAGUUCUUAGUGAUGGCUUGUGAUAGCAAAUGGCCUCAUUUUAAAAAUUGAGGUGUAGUUUUGCAUAAGAAAUAUAGACUGGAUGUAACACCAACUACUACACAAUUA